AUGAUAAUAGAAUUGAAUAAAUAUAUUAAAAAAUUAUAUAAAAUCACUUUAUCAAUAUGUAAAUACACAAAACAAAGAUAGAAUCACUAUUCUCUCUAUUUUAGAGAUGAUCAUUAAAAAAAUGAAAAUGAGUUUAAAGAUCUGAAUAUACAUAUAGUUAAUCCCUCUAUUAACAAAAAAGGAGAUGGAAUUAUCACCUAAUGCAACUAAUAAUAGGUCACUAAGGAAUAAAAUAAACUCAAUACAUAAAAUUUAAAUAUGAAGAGCUAUUCUGACUCACAAUUAAAUAAUAAUAAUCAAUACUCACUUAGAAUAUUAGAAAACUAAACAAAAUGA